AUGGCAGUCGCACGACCCUCCUCUUCCUCAUCAUUUUCUUUCUUUUCUGAUUUUGGGCUGCUUUUGUAUUUGGAGGAGUUAAACAAUAAUGAGUUCAAUAAAUUCAAGUUACUCCUAAAGGACACUGUGGAACCUGGGUGCUGUCCAAUACCCUGGUCUACACUGAAGAAGGUCAAGCGGGAGGAACUGUCCAACAUGAUGAGCAAAUACUAUCCAGGACAGCAGGCCUGGAAUGUGACUCUCAAAAUCUUUGACAAGAUGAACCUGAAGACUCUGAGUGCAAAAGCCAGAGCAGAGAUCAACUGGGCAGCCCGGGCUGUAAGACCAGUGGAGAUUGAGGUUGAGCCCAUGGAGGUAGAAGGGGGGGAUCAAGAGCCAGGGCCAGAACUUGUUUUGACCAUGUGUGUCUUUUCCCCCUUGGGCUUCAUUCUAAUGGAGGUAGGUGAAAGAACAGGAUACAGACAUCAAAUGAAGGAAAAAUUUAAUCGGUUACUGAAGAACCCUUUGCUGAAAGAUCCUGCAGAUAUUAGUCUUGAAAUUACUCCCAAAGAGCGACAAAUAUUGGAGCACAUAUUUGAUGUGAAUGUCAAAACUAGUAAACAACCACGAACCAUAUUGAUUCAGGGACCUGCUGGAGUGGGGAAAUCAACAUUGAUGAGAAAGGCAAUGUUAGAAUGGGCAAAGGGCAAUCUCUUUCAGGAGAAAUUUACUUACGUUUUCUAUCUCAAUGGGAGAGAAAUUAGCCAGAUGAAGGAAUGCAGCUUUGCUCAACUGAUAUCGAGGGACUGGCCCCCAACAGAAAUUGCUAUUGAAACAGUUCUAUCCCAGCCUAGUAGUCUCCUUUUUAUUGUGGAUAGUUUUGAAGAGUUGAACUUCGCCUUUGAGGAGCCUGAGUUUGCGCUAUGUAAUGACUGGACACUGGAACACCCCGUGUCCUUCCUUAUGAGCAGUUUGCUAAGGAAGGUGAUGCUUCCCCAGUCUAUCUUAUUGGUGGUAACGAGACUCCCGGCUUCGAACAGACUGCCGUCUUUGCUGAAGGGCGAGCGUUUUGUAAAGAUUCUAGGAAUGUCUGAGGAUUCGAAGAUCAUUUACGUUCAGCGCUAUUUCAGAGACCGGAAAUUGUCUACAAGAGCAGUCAACUCGCUCACAAAAAAUGAGAUGCUCUUUAACAUGUGCCGUGUCCCUGUCAUGUGCCGGAUGGUUUGUGCAUGUCUGAAACAGCAAAUGGAGAAAGGUGAGAACUUCAUAACAAGUUGCCAAACCACCACCGCUCUCUUUACCUACUAUAUCUCUGACUUAUUUGCAAAGGUAGAGGGAGGCUCUUCUUCCCUACCUAAUGAAAUCCAGCUGAGGAGCCUGUGCCACUUGGCUGUAGAAGGAGUGUGGGCCAUGACACACGUGUUUUACAAAGACAGUCUCAGAAAGCAUGAGCUAACCAAACUUGAUCUCUCAAAGUUUCUGGACGCAAAACUUCUCCAGAAAGAUCCUGACGUAGAAAACUGCUAUGUGUUCACCCACCUGCAUAUUCAAGAGUUUCUUGCAGCUAUGUUUUACUUGAUGAAAGAAGAUUGGGAAAUCAGUGACCGUUCUGUCCCGUCUUGUGAAAAUGUGAAGCUGUUACUGGCACAUAAAAGUUAUCAGUACUCCCAUUUGACUCAUAUGAAAUGGUUUCUCUUUGGCCUUCUGAAUGAACAUAGAGUGAAUCAGUUGGAGGAAAUUCUUAAUUUUAAGAUGUCCCUGGCGAUAAAGCGGCACAUACUGCAGUGGAUAAAUAUACUAGCAAACAGCGACUCUUGGCAAUCACAGCUGGACCUUAUGGACUUGUUUCAUUGUCUCUAUGAAAUGCAAGAUGAAAAAUUCACAACCCAGGUAAUGAGACAUUUCCCAGACAUGGUCUUUAAUAUUUGUGAAGUAAGCCAUUUGCUUGUAUCUUCAUUCUGCCUUAAGCGUUGCAAGCUUGUGAAGACCCUGAAAGUAUCUGUGACUACUGUAUUUGAAAAGAUUUUCAGCAAACAACUGGAAAAUACAAGUUGGCAAAUGAAUCAUUCUCAAAUUCUUCAUAAUUGGCAAAUCUUCUGUUCUGUGCUUCACAUGAGUGAACAAUUGAAAGAAAUGGAGCUGUCCCAUAGCACCCUUCAUGAAGUACCAAUGAGAAUAUUUUACCAAGAGCUAAGCCACCCAGUCUGUAAACUGCAAAAAUUACUGUUGAGAUUUGUGUCUCUGCCUGUGAAUUGUACGGAUAUCUUUAGCUUUUUGCUUCACAGCAAGACCCUGAUACAUCUUGAUCUGAAAGGGUCAAACAUAGGAAAUAAUGGAGUAGUAGUCUUAUGUGAAGUCUUGGAAAACCCACAGUGUAUACUACAGAGUCUGAGUUUGGAAUUUUGCAACCUAACUUCAGUUUGUUGUCCAAGUAUAGCUAAGGCUCUUAGCGGAAGCCAAAGCCUGAUAUUUCUGAAUCUAUCAGCCAAUAAUCUAUUGGAUGAUGGAGUGAAGUUGUUGUGCAAGGCCUUAGAAAGUCCAACAUGUUGCAUAGAGAAAUUGUCCCUCCAGAGAUGUGGCAUCACAGAAGUUAGCUGUAAGGAUCUUUCUAUGGCUCUCAUCACUAAUCAGAAGCUGACACAUUUAUGCCUGGCAGAAAAUGUCUUGGGAAACAAUGGAGUGACUCCUAUAAGUGUUGCCCUGCUAAAACCACAGUGUACUCUGCAGAGCCUUGUGUUGAGGAACUGCUACUUCACUUCACAGGGCAGUAGAUGUCUCUCAAUCUCUCUUCUACAGAACAAGAGCCUGACACAUUUGGAUAUGGGCUCAAACAGGCUUGAAGAUGAGGGAGUGAUAACUCUUUGGAAUCUCAUUCGAAAGCCAAGCUGUAAUCUCCAGGAUUUGGAAUUGAAUGGCUGUGCUCUAAGUAGGGCAUGUUGUCUGGAUUUGGCUUCUUCUAUUUUGAACAACCCCAACCUGCGAAGCCUAGAUCUGGGGAACAACAAAUUGCAGAAUGAAGGAAUGCAAAUCCUGUGUAAUGCUUUGAGAUAUUCAUGCUGUAACCUUGAGAGUCUUGGGUUGGAACAGUGUGGUUUGACCUCUGUCUGUUGUGAAGACCUAUCCUCAUCUCUUCUCAACAACCAAAGACUGAUGAAAUUGAACCUCUCACAGAAUAAUCUAGGGAGUAAAGGAAUUAGAAUAUUAUGUGAAGUCUUGAGGUCUCCAGAAUGUAAAUUACAAGUUCUAGGGUUAUCUAAAGACUCAUUUGACAAGCAAACCCAGAAGCUACUGGAAGCUGUGGAAGUUAGCAACCCACACCUAGUGAUUAAGUCAUACAGUAAUGACAAUAAUGAAGAAGAUGGGUCCUGGUGGCAGUGUUUCUGA